CUUGGUGACAGGUCUAUCCUUGCAGCAGUGAUAAGGAAUGUGAAGUUGGGAGAUACUGUCACAGUCCCCACCAAGGAUCAUCAGCCUGCAUGGUGUGUCGGAGGAAAAAGAAACGCUGCCACAGAGAUGGCAUGUGUUGCCCUGGUACUCGCUGCAAUAAUGGCAUCUGCAUCCCUGUCACUGAGAGCAUCCUGACGCCUCACAUUCCAGCCUUGGAUGGCACUCGGCACAGAGAUCGAAACCAUGGUCAUUAUUCAAACCAUGACUUGGGAUGGCAGAAUCUAGGAAGACCACACACAAAGAUGUCACAUAUAAAAGGGCAUGAAGGAGACCCAUGCCUGCGAUCAUCAGACUGCAUUGAAGGAUUUUGCUGUGCUCGUCACUUCUGGACCAAAAUCUGCAAGCCAGUGCUGCAUCAGGGGGAAGUCUGUACCAAACAGCGCAAGAAGGGCUCUCAUGGGCUAGAAAUUUUCCAGCGAUGUGACUGUGCAAAGGGCUUGUCCUGCAAAGUAUGGAAAGAUGCUACCUAUUCUCUUCAAAGCCAGACUCCAUGUGUGUCAGAAAAUCUGAUUACCACUGGGGAAAAUCAUUACUAGUAGACUGUGAAUUUGUGUAUUUAAUGCAUUAUGGCAUGGUGGAAUAUAAGGUUUGAAUGCAGAGGGGUGGCUAUGCAUUCCAGUAAGGAAUGUGAUAAGAAUAUAGACCACAGGAAAACGAAGAAAAGGAGAACCGAAUGGAUUAGAAUGGGUGACAAAUGCAG